AGCAGACUUUCUAUCGUGGCAUACCGAAACCCUAGCGACAAAAUUUCGAUUUCCCGUACUCUGAACCAUCUUCGCUGAAGUAAAAUCCAAAGCCCCGACGAUGGGAUCGCCGGGGGAGACUUCGACGCCGGCGAAGCCCCCAAAUUCGACUCCUUUUACCGCCGCCACGACGCCUCCGCCGGCGUACACCGCUGAAUGGGCUGCCUCGUUGCAGGCCUAUUAUAGCGGAAACGCAGCGGCUCCAACGGCCUUCUUCCCGCCGGUUUGGGGUGGUCAGCAUAUUAUGUCUCCUUAUGCUACGCCUAUCGCCUACUCGCCGAUGUACGCUCCUGGUGCAGUCUAUGCUCAUCCCUCCAUGACUCCGGGCAUGGGCUACCCAAAUGCAGAUUCCGGGAACAUCAAGUCAAAGGGGGCUCUGUUGAAGUUUGGGGAAGGAGGGAAGGCGGCAUCGGGCUCAGGGGAGGAGGAAAAUUCGCAGAGCGGUGGCAGUGCAACAGAGGGCUCUUCUGAUACUGGGAAUGAGAGCGCUGACCCGCAGGUACUUUUAUGAUUUAUUGGUAUCUUUAGUUUCUGUUUUGGUUUCUUUUUGGUUGUAGCGUUUUAUUUUUGUACAGUUUUGUUAGUCGC